GUAGCCAUCGGUGCUCCAUACUCCUCGUUCCAUCACACAUCUCUUCUUGCUCUUCUCCUUCAUGCGAUGUGAUGUCACUCUAAUCAUUCCUUCCUCCAUUCCCCAUUCCCCCUUUCCCCCCAUUCCCCUUCUUCGCUAUGACCGCCUCUCAACUCAUCUCCGUUAGUCCCGACGAACUCCGCUUCCAUUUUGAGUUGGAGAAGCAGACGUUUUGCGAUCUUAAGGUCCUCAAUAACACACAGAAUCAUGUUGCUUUCAAGGUCAAAACCACUUCUCCCAAGAAAUACAUUGCACGACCUAACACCGGUGUCGUACACCCCUGGGACUCCUGUAUCAUCAGAGUCACCCUCCAAGCCCAACGGGAAUACCCUCCAAAAAUGCAAUGUAAAGACAAGUUUCUCUUACUGAGUACAAUAGUGAGUCCAAAUACUGAUGUUGUCGACCUCCCACAAGAUACUUUUGAUGAGGAAAGUGGUAAUUCAGUAGAGAAGUUGAAAUUCAGAGCUGCAUAUAUCUCUACUGCCUCACCCGAAGGAAGAUCUGAAGAUGAUGCAUCAAGGAGCUCACAUAAAUUCCUCUUCUAUACGUCCAUGUUGGAUCAAGUGAUGAGCGUCACCAAGGGUGCAACAGAUGGAAUUUCUAGUGUUAGCAAUUCGAUUAGGAUGUUGGGAACCUCGAGUAUUCAGGGCGCCGUUGGAUAUGGAAUUGGUUUUGGCCAUGGUUUUGGACUUGGUAUAGCUAUGAAAUCAGGAGUGGAUAAACUUCAAUCUAGGAUAAUAGGUGCAUUGCCGAUGCCAGCAUCCUCAAAGAAUGACCAAGUUUCUUCUGAAAGCAUGAUACAAUCAGUAACUAAAUCGGCAGAUCAAAAAUCUGCAGGAAGCAUGAUGCAGCAGGCAACUAAAUCAUUUGACCAAAUUUCUCAAGAAAGCUUAAUGCAGUUGGCAAAUAAAUCAGUCCACCAACUCUCACAAGGUCUUGUAGGGUCUCAAUCUACAAAGAUUGGUUCGGCCUUUGACAACCAAACAGAGAAGGUUAUUAUUAGUAUCUUUCCACAAACACUACCAUUUAACCAAAAACAGGUUUCAAAUAAAUCAAAACUGUCUGUUAUCAGAAGAAUUUGUGCCUUUCAAAAUGCCUUAUAACUUUUCACAGACUCA